GUCAUGUCUGGGGAUGUGGAAGAGUCGGAGAAAGCCUCUGCUCCGAAGCAGCAGGUUAAAAAGGCAACCAAGAGACCAUCAAAGGCCAAGAAUCCGAAGCCAGCCAAGGUGAAGAAAUCCAACCUCAACAAACCGAUGACCACAGAGGAGCUGAUCAAACUGAAAGAGGCCGAGCAAAUGUACCAUACCAGCCUCCUGCACAUGCAGAUUGAGGAACUGCUCCAGGAAGUUAAGCUGAAAGAGAAGCGGAGAAAAACCAUUGAUGACUUUCUAAAGAUAAUCAGCAAUCGCAUCGAGAAAAUCCCCGAAUCCCCCGAGAGAGAUCUGGUGGAUCAGACCUGGCUUCCCAAAAAGGUGAAGGUCCCCUUCCUGCAGAUCCCCUAUCAAGUGAAGGGCAAGUUCCAUUUUUGUCCUCCGACCUCCAUCAAAGUGGUGGGCAGCUACCUCUUGGGGACGUGCAUUAAACCGGAGAUCAACGUGGACCUCGCUGUCACCAUGCCACAGGAGGUUCUGCAGGAAAAAGACAACCUAAACCAGCGCUACCUGCGGAAGAGGGCGCUCUACCUGGCACACAUGGCUCGCCAUUUGUCACGAACGAAGAUUUUUGGUAGUGUCAAAUUUGCCUACAUGAACAGCAACCACUUAAAGCCUGUGCUCCUGCUGAGGCCCCAAGGUAAAGAUGAAACUCUGGUGACUGUCCGAGUUCACGUCUGUCUUCCUCCCGGGUUCUUCAAAUCCAGCCGCUUCUUCCCAAGCAAGAACAAUGUGAGGACGGCCUGGUACAUGGAGGAGAAUAAUAACCAGGACGAAAGUGCCAGUGGGCCCCCCACCCCACAUUACAACAACGCUGUUCUGUGUGACCUGGCUUUGGAGCAGCAUUUUCACCACCUAUCCAGCUGCAUCACCGACUUCCCUGGCAUGAGAGACGGCAUUUUCAUUCUCAAAGUGUGGCUGCGCCAACGGCAGCUCGACAAGGGUUACGGCUGCUUUAAUGGCUUCUUGGCAUCGAUGCUUGUAGCGUAUUUACUCUCCAAGAACAAGGUGACUCGAAUGAUGAACGGCCAUCAGGUGCUGAGGAACACGCUGCAGUUCUUGG